GUGAUUACUUUCUCUGCGUGCAAGCCCUAAUUCAUCCCUAGGACACCCAAGUAAUCAUUACAUCCCAUCUCUCUCUCUCUCUCUCUCUCUCUACAUAUAAUAUAUGUAUAUAUAUAUACACACACAUACUAUGUGUGUGUGGUAGAUUAGCUGGUUUAUUUAUAUGAAGAGAGGUGGCCUUAUUUGCUUCACUUUGCAUGAAUUCCUAAACCCUCAAUCCAUACCCUCUCUCUCUCUCUCUAUAUAUAUAUAUAUAAAUAUAUAUAUAUAUAUAUUAAGCUGCACUUCUUUAUCUCUAUAGUUUAUAUCUAUCCCAAGUAGCCUCUCUUUCAAGCUGAUCAGGAGGAAUCACAAUUAAUUGUGCAUGGAUGGAUCCUUCAAAUGCUCUACACCACCAGGAAAUGGCUUCACAAACCCUGGAAAUGUUAGUUUGCACAAAAACACAGCAAGAGAAGAAACCAAGGCCUCAACCAGACCAAGCUCUGAAGUGCCCUAGAUGCGACUCCAGCAACACCAAGUUUUGUUACUACAACAACUACAGCCUCUCUCAGCCAAGGUACUUCUGCAAGUCAUGUAGGAGGUAUUGGACCAAAGGGGGCACACUGAGAAAUGUUCCUGUAGGUGGAGGCUGCAGGAAGAACAAGAGAUCAUCAACUUCAUCAUCGUCAUCAAGAAUUCGGAGCCAAGAUCAACCGCUGAUCACAUCCAAUAUUCCCACACCGCUCUCCACUUUCCCAACCCUAACCAAUGGGCAGCUAGGGUUUGAUGACCAUAAUAAGCUUCCGACGUUGAGUAAUUUCAAGAACACCCAAUGUGGCAUUCUUGGAAACCCUAGCGUCAACACGUCGUAUACAGCUCAUAGCUUUCUUGAUUCACUUAGGGGUGGCUUUCUUGAAACUACCCAAAAUGGGCUUCACCAUAAUUUGUUUUACGGAAACGUGGGCAGUGUGGAAAAUGGUGGUGUGGGUGUCAAUGUUGGUGAAAAAAUGUCAAUUAGGGCAUAUGAAGAUACAAGUAGAGAUGUGACAGUCGCAACAAUGAAACAAGAGUACUAUAAUUCCAGAGAAGGUGAGAAUAGGGUCUUGUGGGGGCUUCCAUGGCAGAUUGGUGGAGAUGGUAACACGGGUGACCUUGAUUUGGGAAGAGCAAGCUGGAAUGGACUCGGUUCAUCUUGGCAUGGACUUCUCAAUAGCCCUCUCGUGUAGAUUUUGGAAUAAAAGAGUUAGUGCAGUGCACGAGACUCUCGUCAUUGUAAUAUGUAUGCAGUCUUAUAUCCACAUGCUGAUAGACUACUUUGUGUUUAGGGUGUUUAUGUUUGGAAGAAAAGAAACUGAUAGAAUAGAUCUCUUUGUCAGACUCAAUUUAAUCCUUUUAAGUUUUGUAUCAAUUCAGAGACGCACUUGAUUUGCGUCAAUCAUCUCGAUUUUCUUU